AUGAUGGAACGCUUGGAAAACCUGACCGAUCCGAGUCUGUGCCUGCAAGACUUGGUGUCGUCCACCGGUUCCGAUCACCAUAACGUGGCUCUACAACACACGUCGUCCGCGUCGUUUCACCAUCCCGUACACGACGGAAGCGCCGGUCUACACCAAGGCAUGCUGGGACACCAUCACGUGCACCACCACGACGGCCAUCAUCAUCAUCAUCACGCCGCGGUGCCGUGUCCACCGUCGCUGUUGCAUCACGAACCGUUGGAAAAACUAAAGAGAGGUGCGUUGCGUAUACAAUUUACAGAUAUAUAGUUUAUACGUGUAAAACUCGAGCUCAUUUUGGACUGGUUUAAUCGCCGGUUUUAUUUUUACCGGUUUUGAUAUCAAAUCUAUAACCAAGUCCAAAUUAAGACAUUUUGGAGCCCCGGAAUUGUGGCGCGAUUGAGAAAUAGCGAUAACGGUUAUCACCCCUUUUACUCGAGAUCUCUUCUUUUGUUUUACGAAUAUAUUUAUCUCAAAAAUAAACAAAAAAAAAAAAAUUAAAUUUUUUACAACUUUUCAACCAGACACUUUGCUCUGAUCAUUAAUACUUGCAACAUUAUACCAACCUUAAACUAGUAGUUUUUAUCCUUUUACAAAUCGCGACCCCCUAGUUUUUUUCAUGUAAAAUUAGCCCCCUCCCAAAAAAAAAAACCGUUUAACAGAACUCGAAUAAUAUGGUGUACAGUAUACAUGUUACUUAUAGUUGUUUGCCUUUUAACUAUCACACGUAACCCCCUUGUAAGUUACGACUCCCAGGAUGAAAACCAUUGUCUAAGAUUAUAGUCCUUUUUUGAUUUUACUUUUUUACUUUUAUUAAUAAUUAGGUAAAGUUGGAAAAAAACGGGAGAAAUAACGGAAAUAUUUACUGUUCAACGGAUUUUGGUAGUUGAUUUUUUUCUAAUUCAAUGAAAAAUAUAGAAAAAUUAAAGUAGUACUCUUUAAACGUGUUACAAUUUUAAAAAUAUUUUGGGGCUGUUUAAUUAUAAUAUAUAGUUAUUUGAAAUUUUCAAAUAUUUUGAUACAAGGUUCGUUAUACGUUAGACUUUGUAUUUCAAUAAAGUGAGUGGUUUUUUUUAUAAGCAUUUCAAGUUCAAAAUAAUGAUAAAAUUAUUUUGAAUCAAUUAUGAUUUAUUUUUUUUUUGUGACAAAUUAUUAACAUUUUCAAUUUAAAUUUAUCAACAAAUGUAAUAGAUUUAAUUACGUAUAAUUAUGUCUUUCUAAUUCCCUACUUACAACAAUGAACCACUCAUGAGCAGUACCCUUUUAAAUAAUUUAAUAUUCUAAUGUGUACACCUACAAUUUGUUUUGCUUGUUAAAACAUUUUUCUAUUCUAGAAAGAAUUAGGGUUUAUUAUGGUAUCUAGACGCAUAGUUUCUCAUGCACAACUUAAGUAAGUAUAUAAUAUAUAUACAUAUAUAUGUUUGUGUGGGUUAUAACAUUUCCCUCCUUUCAUUAGGAAAACUCAAAUGUGCCAUUGCCAGGGGCCGAUUUUUUAAACUAUUCAAAAUUAUUAUUAAUUAUGAAAAUAUUAUAUUAUCUUAACAAAAGAAAAACAAUAAAAUGUAAUGUGUAGAAACAAUAGAUCUCAAUUCAAACUAGUAGGUUUUGCUAUGAAUCAUAUCAUCGGGCAACGAAAAAAUAUUACAAUAUAUUUAAAACAUAAAGUUAAUGAUUAAAUGCGUACAAAUAGAGAAAUCGUGCUUUAGUAACUAAGGCACAUGGAGUUUUUUUGUUGGGGGCCUUGGUCUUCAUUAAUCCGAGCUUUGUUUUCCAUAAAUACCUAUCGAACGUAUAAUUAUUAUUUUUUUUCGAAAAACAAAGGAAUUUAUACCCAAAGUUCUGAUUCCUCUGCAGUAUCCAUCCAGACAUCCCUCUCAGGUUCAAUAAUUAUUAUUUUAUUAUGAAAAUAAAAAUAAGAAAUACCGAUUGCCUCGUUUGUUCAAAACACGUGUAACACACAUUCGAUAAUAUUUCUGGUCGUUAUGACGUGAGUACAUACUGCAACGGUAAACGAAUACACAAAACCGUCAUGACAUUGUGUAAACUGUACAACUGAACAAUCAAUAUACCCCGGAGGAAGAAGUUUCGAAAGGAAAAGUAUACUAUAGAUAAUAAAUACAUCUGUCGAAGUUUGUAAAAAAAAAAAAAAUCAUUGAUUACAAACCCAUUGCAACCGACUAUAAUAAUAUAUUCGUAAUACUAUUAUUCGAAAAUUACAGCUGGUAUUAUAAUACAAUGCCAUUUUUUCCCGGUUUUUUUUUUUUUAACGCGUUGCUAUCACAAAAAUAUGUUGAAAUGUGUUUUAAGUACCUGUAUUAAUUUCUAAUCUUCUUUUAAUGCAAUUUUAUAUUCCAAACGUUAAAUUUACUAAGAUUUGUGUGUGCAGUGUAUUUCUCGUCGAAAAACAUUUUUUCGGUUAGUAAAAACGCUUGCGGAAUAGCUGCCCGGCACACGUGCAUCCCCUACCCUCUCAAAUUAAUUUCUUUAUUCGCCACUGCUGUCCGGUGAUACAUUACUCAAAACAUUUAUCAACAUUUUCAGCAGUUGUGCGCCCCGCAUGUCCUUUUUGAAAAUGCGUCAUACAUUAAUUUAACUUAUUAUAGAAUAUUCGUUUAAAUAAUUUUAAACGCCGACUAUUAAACCUAAAAAAAUUUAACAUUCCAAUUAACGUGGUUCUCUCUAAAAACGAAGCGACAUCAUUAGUGAUUCGAAUUCUGUGCUGAUAAAUCGAUACGCACGUCUUACAAUAGUCUUGAAGCAAAAACAGUACAUAAAUUUGACUGCAUAAUAAAUUCGUAGCUAUUCGAAAUAACGUAUGCGCGAGGUUGUAAUAUUAAACAUAUUGAGUUUGUGCGAAAAACCGAUAGUAUAUUUUAUAGUAUCAUUUUUGCCGUUUUAUAUUUUGCGGGCGCGUUUAAUGGCCAAUAAUUUAGAACGUUAUUGUUAUAUAUCGGCGAGUCGCCGGGGGGGGGAGGGGCGAGGGAGGGUGUCCAUUAGCAUAAUCAUUGUUGUAUACGCGGUACAACAAGUGCGAAUUCCCAUGUAACACACUAUACAUGUACGUAUACGAUAUAUUCGUGAUCGGCGCCCCGUGAAAUCAGCGCAAGCGAGUUCGCCCCCAAAAAUAAUACUAUACUUACUAUAUACGUAUAUACGUACUGUCGUUGAGGGUGCGAGGACAAAUAAAAAAAAAAAAAAAACACAUUCCCACUCCCCCCGUCGCUAUUAUAUAUUAUACGUGUAUGUGUAUAUAUAUAUAUAUAUAUAUACAUACGCAUCACCGACGGCCGAGACAGACGAAGGGAUAGCGGGAGAUUAGUAUAUUAUUGUAUACAUGUGCGACACCCCUGUGAUGUACACUGUAUAAUAAUAUGUGUACACGUAUGACGGGAGACGACGACGGGCUAGUCGACCGAAAACACAUAACGUUUAUUAUUAUUAUUACUAUUCGACGGCCGAAAGAGAUCGUCAUAAACCAAUUUGCCAGGAUAAUCGUCGCAAUAAUAAUUACUGUAGUCGUUUUGUCGUUCUCCGGGCGCGGGCCCGUAGUUUUUAAACACGCCAGCCUCUCGGAGUAAUGUCGAGGUCCUCGAUCUGUUUCCGUCUCCCCUCCCCCUCCCCGUAUAUGCAUUUUGUAAGACCGUCACGUCCGAGAAUUUCGAUUAAACACAAAUAUCGCGUGCCGAGACGGACGUUUGCAAUAUUGUUAUAACGUAAUUCCGGACUUUUAAAAAAAAUAUAUAUACAUAUAUACAUAAAAAAUAUACUUGUUUUUGAAAUUUAAAAAAAAUAAACAUUGUUAAAAUGUAUAAUCUAAUAUUUUAAAUUUAUUUACUACCGUUAAAUUAAAAAAUAUCGAAUGCCUAUAAAUUAUUAAAAGAUGUUAUUUAAAUUGUGCCACGUCUAGAAACUAAUGUCUGAUAAUGAGUAUUCUGCUAUAAAAAGGUUACUUCAAUUAUUUUCACAAAAUCGAAAAUAAUGAAACUGUUAUUGCCGUAAAUUGUCUUGUUUUUUCUAUUUUUUUUUCCCCCAAUCGCUAAGAAUACAACAAGAAAAACCAAUAAAUGACUUUCUCAAUAUAACAGUUUGACAAAAUUUGGUGACCAUAAGCCAUUCCUGAAAUUGAUGUUCCGAGUAGGAUUUCUGAUUAAAAUGUUUGCAGACAGAAACAUAAAAAAACAUACAUUAUAGUAAAAUCAUUACAUUCCUCUCGCUGCGCUCAGAAUUUGAAUUUAUAGUUCACAUAUAACUCAAAAUAAAUAACUUUUAAAGUAAAUGAUAAUUUUUUUUUCAUUGAACAGCGUCGUGUAUUGUAAAAAUAUAUAUUGAUAGAAAUUACGCAAACGCGUUGAAAACUCAAUAACGAUUAUUAUCGUAGUUACGUUUCACUACUGUUUGUCUUCAUAUUAUGUAUUUGACAUAUUAUAAUACUAUCAUGCUAUUUGCUUUGUGAUAAAUUGCAGAUUAACGAAUUCAUUGUAAUACAAUAUAAGGCGUAGACAAAUAUUAUUCUUAUCGAAUUAUAUAGUAAUAUACGAACGUCGCAGCUUUGUGUAAUUUUAACAUAAUAUUAUUCGGCGUCAAAAUUGAUGUGUACUUUGUGCGAACAUUUAAUCGCGUGUCUUUAUAGUGAAGUUACUCUGCAUCAUGAAUUAAUUGUAAAAAAAAAAAAAUAAUAAACUACUGUUUAUAUUAUAAUAUAAUAUGUGUUUGAUUUGCACAUAUCUUUUGAAUUGAGUAUAUAGGACGUGUACCCACAUUUACUGUCUCAGUCCAACUGAUGGCCGAAUUCACUAGCCAUUUUCAAAAAAGAAAAACCAACAAGGCUAUAACUGUUUUGUUAGGCAAUAUUUUAAAAUAAAAGUUAACGUAGGGGAUCCUCGAGAAUAUUCGCGUCUUUAAAUUUCGUUACCUUUGUUAAAAUUCCAAUUUCAACCUAAACGCCACAAUUUUAAUUCUAAGUUAAUUAUUUUGCUUUGUUGCCCAUUACUGAUGGGUAUUUAGGUAUUUAAGUACUUAAGUAUUUUACAUUAUCGCAGUUUUUUUGUUAGUUUUUAUUUUGUUUUAUGUAGAUACAAUUGUUCGGCCAAACACAAAUGCUUGGAAUUUAACGAGAGUUUCACGAUAUAUUUUAUACUUAUAGCGUUUUAAAACAUAUGUGUGCUGAACAUACUAGUCUUUUUUUUUUAGAAAAGAUUUGUGAAAUAACUCGUCAAUUUUAAUAUGUGUAUAGGUAAUAUAACAAUGUUUAAGUAGAAGAAUUCCGUGUUUAGUUGUAUACGCCAAUUAUAAUGACGAGCGAUGUUGCAUAAUGCAAAAGUCCGCAUACUGCGACGAAAAUUAUUAUACCCCGCGGCAUUUAUCCGUUUUCUUGGUUUUUCUCGUCCGUGUAAUUUAUUUGUUCCCCCCCCCCCCGUACGAGAGUAUUUCGUUUGAAAACGCAGUUUGAGAAAUAUUCGCCGAUUCGGAAUUGCGUCACGCAUAAAUAACGUAUAGGUACCCGCAAUACUAUACGCGUUCACGUUAAUAAUAACUUUGAAAACUUUCGAAUUCCGCGAUAGUUCUCAAAACUCGUUGCUAAAAUAAUGUUACGGGUUUUUUUUUCUUUAUUUUUUUACGUCCGAAUAAUAUUCGUCGUUUGUUCACAUUGUCGCGGUUUCGUCGUCGAUGUGUACGCGUUUGUUUUCCCGUUGUUCGCAUUUCACGAGCCGCGGACGACGUUACAAUAAUAACAAUAAUAAUAAUACAACAUAAACUUCGAUAAGGUCGACCGCCGCGCCAAGCCCAAACCAACUGUUUCGUUUUAUUCGGUGGAAAAUAAAUAACAGGGAAAAAAGAAAAAAAAAAUAAAAAAAUCUCGAACAUAACUCACGUCGUUCUCCCUCCGCGGCGUAUAUACAUUAUUAUAUUCUAAGCGCUAUUCGACCGAAAUGUUUUGUAAUAAAAAUGAUAAAAAAAAAAAAAAGAUCGAGACCGCACCGUGUGCACUCGCAGCGCGCCGCCUUAACGUUUUCGGAAUAAAAACUAUAUAUACGACGGGGUAUAUUGUACGAUACGAGUCCCCGUGCCCUCUAAUAAACAUAAAUUAAUAACGGAACCGGGGCGACAAACAGGGACGAGAGGCGCGAAAGGGACCGGGGGGGGGACGGAGGAGGGGUACCCAUUUGCGAAAUAAUUUCUUUUCGCCCGAAAUCCCUCGGAGAGAGUUUUAUUUACGGGAGAGCGGGGAUAGAGGUUGGGGGAGGGGGCAGGCGAAACCUCGCCCCCGUCGUAUAUACGUAUCAUACAUACUCUGCGCGUAUAACGGCGGCGGCCGACCACACUCGCGGAUUUUCGGCGUCCCCAGAGGCCUCUGCGGCCGGGUCGCUUGUGUUUGGCGCGCGCGUACAAGAGUAAUUUCGAAAAACAAAUUACCCCUUUUCCCGCGCGCGCCCACCGCCGUAAUAGCGGCGCGGUCAACCUUAUAAUUAUUCCCUCAAGAUAUACGCGCGCGCCCCCGAAACCCUUUUGUAGCAUCCGAUAAUUUAUGUGCACGGCAAGUGUUUUCAGGACGUACAAAUGCGCGCCCCCGCGCACACUAUCUGCACACGUUUAUUUACACUGCGCCCUAUCGACCUCCGCCGGUCGCGUAUUUAUUAUUAUCGCGCCGCGGCGCCCGCGUAUCGUACGACGCGUACAAUCGAACAGGCUGUCCGUGUACAAAUCGCCGUUGUUCGUGCGUGAUAACGUUCUCAGCGUAUUAAUAAUAUUAUAACACAGUCGCGGCGUGUGCGCGUACAAUUGCGACGGGCCGCGGCCGAUAAAAUUUCCAAACGCGUUUAAUAAUAGCUGUCCCCCCCGCGCAUCCGCGAUGACGAUCCGACGGUUUUUUUUUUUUUUUGUUUUUUACCUCUAAUUUGUUUUAAUUACAAAGUCCGAUUUUUUUCCCUUACCGCACAACACGCUCUACUGUAUAACUGACGGCGGCACGCAUAGCUCACCGCCCGCAACAGUUUUAUCCGUUAAUUCUGUUGCUGAUGCGGACACCAUGGGCAUUUUGUAUUACGUUAUCGUCACGGUAGGCGAAUUUCGUAAAUCGCUGCUAAGAGAGAAAUGACUUAUUCCGAAAAUAAAAAUAAACGUAUUUGCUAUCGGGAGCGAGUUGUUAAUAAAUACAAAGACACUAUGCGACAUCAGCGUAGGUUUAUCGGUGCUAAAUUUAAGUUUGUAUAUCGAGAGCUGAACGCGGUGUGUGCGGCGAAGAUAAAGUCGACGUGUCCCCCGUAACGAAACGUGCAAAUCAUAAUUGAUUGCCGGCGAAUCACGACAGAGACGAAUAACGAAUCGUUUGCAUUUCCAGCCUCGUAGGGUAGGUGUGGCGGUUUUGUGCGCGAGCGUGCACUGAUGAUCGAAGACAAAUAUAUAUAUAUAUGUAUAGUUCUCUCGGAAAUCGCUGCUAUUUUACGUAUCGUUUACAUCACAAAUGACAAUUAGAAAUACGGUAAAGUCGAGACAUGAAUUUAUAUGAAAUAAUAAUAAUACUUAAAAUAUCACUUUUAGAUAUGCGAAGUGAGAAAUGUAAUGCGGUUUUUGAAAAAUUGUUAUUUUGUUUUUAUGAACAAUUUUUCCGAAUGACGGGAAAAACUAACACUGUUUUAUGGUACAUUUAUUGUGUACGUUAUCGUGUAUAUUCUUACGAAUUUGUAUUGACCAUAAUGAUGCUGUUUCACCUUUCACGUACGGCAAUGUUCCCGUCUACUACUCGCCUAGAAAAUUAUGGUUUUUUCUCUCGGGGAAAUUGAAUAAGUCUAAUCCGUCUUCAGAAGACGAGUUAAAUGCUAGAUAUGAAAAAAAAAUUCUAAAUCACAGAUCAGGAAGGUGUUUAGGAUAUUAUGUUGCUCCCUAGGGUUUAGCCUAUGGUGUUUGUUACCCGUUUCCCAAAUAUGUCCCUUUCCGUCGAUUCACGUUUCCGCCAAAUGAAAAAAUUUAGUCUAAUAUUAGAAUAUUAAUGGACGAUUGUAUCGUACAUUAUUAUAAUAUUGUAUUAUAAAAGAAUUCAAAAUGUUCACAACAAAUGUUAUAUUAUUUAUUCUUACAGCUUACAAUAAUUGUAAGAUAAUUUUUUUUUUAGAAAUUCCUAUCUGAAAAUUUAAGAGAAAAAAAUAAAUACAAAUACCUAUUGACAUGAAGUUAAAAUAGUUAGUCACGCUACUUGUCAAGAUUUAACUUUUCGUAUUCUGUUAUAAAUUAUUGUUUGUUUCGAUUAUUUUCUGUCUCGAACUCGGCGAUCUUGUGUCAAGUUUGGUGCUUCUAAGUUUAACAUAGACAAUUGUUAGUUGUUCAUCUUAUAAUUGAACCUGUUGAUGCUCAAAGUAUUGGAAAGUAAUCACAAUUUACAAAAAAAAAAGGACUGCUUUUGAUAUUUUUUGUGUAAAAAAUUAUGGUAAGAAUAACCGUUAUAAGUAUUAACAACUAUUUUCACCUUGUAUUUAAUAAAUAAGAAUAAAAUUAGAAAAAACUUUUGAAAACAAUUUUAAUUUAUUUCUUUGUCUGGUUAUUUUUAAUGUAUAUAAUUGUCCAUUAAUAUUUGAAAUUCGAAUAUUAAAAUUAAAUUUGUUCAUUUGACGGAAAAGGGAAAAGUACGAUUAUGGCCGAAAACGGAAUCGAUCCAUUGUAUGAUGGCGGAAAAGGGGAAGGUACAUUUUUAGCGGAAACUGGCCAUGCUUUAGUGAAGUGUGUUCAGAUUCCGCUUUCAAGGUUUUUCGUGUUAAAAAAAUUGAGAAGAACUGAGAGUAAAGGUAUACAAUUCAAUUUUGUUUUAAAUUGGUAAAAUUUCCAGUUGAUAUGUAUGUUAAAAAUUACGUAUGGGUAAAGCAUUAUGAGCAGAGCGACGUUAUAUCGGUGGUUUGACGCGUUAAGAGACGGACGGAGGAGAGUGACAAAGGAGCCCAGAAACGAGAUUAUUGUCAACAUGGCGAGUGUUAUUGAUGGUAAAGACAAACGGAUAACAUUUCGUAAACUUGCCACUAGGUUAAACAUUGCAAUUUAUUGGUAGCGCGUUUGCAAUUUUAAACGAUGAUUUAGCAAUACGGCACGUGUCUUGUCGACGAAUUCCGUGCUUACGAGUAGAUGUCUCAUCACGUCUCCGUUUGUAGCGAACUAUACUAACACGAUUCCAGGGCAAGGGAAUUAAUGAAUUUAGAAAUGUAUUAUUACUGUUAUUGUACAAAGUUUUUCUCAGCAUUUUCGUGACAUGAAAACCUCGGAGGCGGAAUCCAAACACACUUCGCUAAAACAGCCGCAGACGUGCGAGUUUUCAACCAAUUGAGCCGAACUUCGGAAUGCAAUGAUAACCGAAUUGUUUGCUGCACAACCGUGAUCAGUUUUACAGCUUUCAAUUACUAUUUUAUUGCACCUCCGAAAGACAAUAAUUUGCAUUACUUUUCGAACAACCUUAGUAUAUUGUCGAUAACACGGAAUUGGUAUGUGUUGGGGGAAACCGCGUUACAAUAAUAACCGCGUGAUAACGUUACCACCUUAGAUUGGGUAGAACUACGGCUAUACCUCAUGUGAAACGAAUAUGUAGCCAUAUUAAAACCCAUAUUGGAUAUUCAGAAACAUAUUUUACAUAGAGUUAUAAUAAUAAUAUAUUGCAAUUCAGUGAUAUUUUAAGUAGAUUGUAAUAGGACUGAUAACAGUACUUCGCGCAUCAUGCGCAAAAGUGAGACACCUUUUUGAUAUGUUAGCGGCGCAUUUUAUUUCUAACAGCUUUAUCCAUUGUACACGAUCUAAAGUUGCGACCCGGGCCCGAUUUGAAGAGAUAGAAGCCUUGCGCACUACUUACUUUAGGACCCUUUUUUUUAUUAAAAAAAGAUUGAUGAAAAAAAAAAAAUAACAAUUUAUUUACGAAAUAGACUAUAUAUAUCAAAUACGAGUAUCUGCAAAUUUUCAAAGUUAAAAAAGAACGCAUUCGACUUUGUAUACACGGAAAGCGAUAAAUAUACAUAAUAUAUGAAAUAAAUACAAAAAAUGUUAACGUGCAUAACAAUAGCUUAUUAAACAUCCAAUCCACCGAUAAUAAAAAGUACGCUGUUACAGAACAUAAAAGUGCACCAUUUGUACAUAAGGUGAGACGGGGCCCUCGGAAUCUGCGGGCCCCGUGUUCGUGCGCCGUUCGCACGUGCGCAAAUCGGGGCUCCGCUGCAGGUUACGACGGAGACGUUUUCGAAUCGCGGCCGGCGAUUUCGCGAAACCGCCGGGGGGGGAGGGGGGAGGAGACCCGCCGGAACCGCGCUCGCGGCCGGCGGCGCGUAAUCGUGCGGCCGGCCGGAGGACGUGACCGCGCGAGGGCGUGAGAAAGCGCGGUCCCGGCCGCCCGGUUCCGCGCGUAUACGCGAUACGUAUAUAACGAUAUUAAUCGCGCGAGUCGGAUUGACCGCCCGCCGCCGCCGUCGUCGCGCACCCUCCGCGCAGCUGGUGGCGGCUCGCGCGUUAUAUUACGUUUCGGCGCGUACGUGCUCGACGGACGUUUGUCAUUACGGGGCUUACGUUCGCCGCGUACAAUAAUACAAUAAUACGAGCGGUAUCACAAUUUCCGGCGGCCGCGGUCAACGGAAAACCGAUCGGUUAUCGUCCCCUCCUCCUCCUCCUCCUCCUCCCCCCCACCCGACGUGUUUACGUCGUAUUAUUAUUGUUAUUAGUAUAUUUACAUUUAAACGAGAUCGCCACCGCCGCCGACUUGUUAGCUCUCGUCGCUUGCACCCCCCCCCCCCCCCCCCCCCCCCCCCCCCCCCCCNCCCACCACCCCCUCCCCGCCGUUUCGUCUUAUUAUAUUUAUACAGGGCGAUUGUUUUACCGCCGCGCACGGGCGCUUUUCGGACGGAAUAAGAGUCUACCCAGAGUUGAUUUUUUAUUCUUAUGCAAAUUUAAACGCCCCGCGAUGGCGUUCUAUAAAUAAUCUAAUUUUUAACGGUUUUUUAACCUGCUCCGAAUCUGUUCGCCGAGACGAGUGGUUUUCGGUAUAAACGGUUUCAUCCGGUUUGGUGGUGUAUUAUUAGACUAGAUAGCGCUUUGUGAUUUUUUUUUUUACUUUUCAUUAUCAUAGGGAAAACCGUGAAAAAAAGGUCGGAAAAACGGAAAUAAUUACGGAACAACGGUUUUCUGUUGGAAUCGAUUUUGUUUUCUUGUUGUGAUGAUUCAGUGAAAAGUAUUCCUGGUGAUCGAAAAUCUCCUUUGAAGAUUUACAUACUAUUACUCUUAUUCAAUAGGUACAAUUUCAAAAAUAUUCUGGCGCUGUUUAAGUUGUUUAUAGCUAUUUUAAAUUUUCUAGAGUUUUAUGUGGAUACAUAAUUUUUUUGAUAAAUGAUCGAAUAUUUGAUACAAAAAUGUCAUACUCGAAUAAUAAUAUCCGAAACGGUGUUACGCGUAACGCAAAUUUUUAUAGAAAAGUAUUGCGUUUUCGAUUCGGAAUUUUUUUUUUAAAUGUUUUUCACUAUUUGAUAAUUUUGGAGGUGAAGUGUAGGUACUGAACGCAUACUGAAUAAGAGUGUACAAUUAUUGUGAACAAAUUUUUAGUAAAUAAAACCCCGUCCAACACGAUUCUAUAUAAUAUGUCCGCAAUAUGACGAAAUCGAAUCUAUUCGAAAUGUUCGUAGAUUAUUCGUCAUGGAUCACCCUGUAUAUAUCACCCUGUGAUCCGUCGGCGAAACGAAUCGACCGACCGUCGGUCGUACGGGUCCGGUCACUCGUGAAAACGCACACGUCCGAUGCGAUAUCCCCGAGCAUCGGCUUUCACGGUCCGGAUGACAAGUCGUGUGGCGCAUGCGACACUGCGUAUAACUCAUCGUGUUUGUGUCAGUCGUUGGGUCUCGAAACUUCCGCGCGCGUCCGGCCGGUCUGCGCGUCUUCAUUAAUAUGUGAUGGCCUCAUAAUCAGCUAGGGGCGGACCGGGAUAAUAUUUCAAGCCUGGUUUUUUUUUUUGACAGGUCAAAAGAUCUUAACCUAAAAAAAAAACAAAAGUGGUCAAAUACCUAAAAUUUUCCAGACGUAAUAUAUUUAUUUUCGAAAUAUUUUGACAUUUUUUAGAUGUUAAUGUAUAGCUAUUCGGGAUUGUCUAAUUCUUUGGGUUUUUUUUUUUUUUUUAUAUAUUGCGUUUUACAUGGUUAAAGUUUUGUCGGCUUCUUGUUUUUAAUAUGUUCUAUAAUAUUGUUUUUGUUAUCAAGUUAUCAAAACUCGACUGGUUAGGUGCUGGUUGCACAAAGUCGACCAAAACUGUAAGUGAAAAUAUUAUACGCGUCCUUCGUCGGCUAAUACGCUAGGUGUAUGCAAUAACAUCUUAUAAAUUGUGUAAAACACGUAGGUACACGUACAAACCAUUAAAACAAACGACGAUAGAGUAGUACUGUGGAAUUUCUAAAAAUUAUCUCCUUGACGUAUCGAUUAUAAUAUAGUGUAGUCGUCACCUAUAUAGCCAUCAUAAAAUGUCUUUUCUAUUGAUAUUUGAUUUAAUCUAUCUACGGUUAUUGAAAAAAAAAAAAAUCUAAACUAAACCAUAAAUACAUUAUUAAGUUUGUCAAUCCCAUAAUUUGAAUUUCAAAGUCUUUAAAGACUUGGAAAGAAAAACUGAUGUUUAUAUUUAAAAUUGCAUUUUCCCGUUCUGUGGCCAUCCUACGCUGUCUAUGUUUUUGAAAUAAUAAUUGAUAUCGUCCAGUAAACCAACUAAUAUACAAAAUACAUAUAGACCUUAUACUAUAAGUACGAAAUAUGGAUACAAAACAAUAAACCGUAUGAUGGUUUAUCAAAUUACAAAACAACACUAUACGAAUCAAAUACAAAUGAGUGGUACCCGCCCUGUAUCCAAAACGCUAUGCAAGAAAGCUCCUCUACGAAGUAUACACAAAUUUCUCCGACGCGACGAAGAAGAGUUAUGGCGACGUAAAUGAGAAACCCUCUGUAAUAUAAUCGUACAUUUUCGUUUAUCGAGUCCACGGUCACGGCGUCCAAAAUAAUCAUCCGUCAUCCAGUUGUAUACGAUAGUCUGCAGUAUGGCUACUGUAUUAUAUUGUAUACUCGUGUAUAGUAAAUAGCGCCGUUAACAGUUUUCGUAUGCAUAUGUUUUACACGAUGUUACGUACCGUUUUAACACGUGUUUUAUUUUCGGUGAGAAUUAUUUUCGUCGCGCGACGUAUAGGACGUGUUUGGCGGAUAUAAUGGACAGAUCGUACACACGGAUACGUAUAAAACAUUAUAAAAUAUAGUGCGACGGCGUUCGGUGGCCAUGAGCGAAUCCGGAAUUAUCGGCGGUUUUCGAGACUGCUGUGCAGUAUUUUAAGGCGUCGUCGGCGGCCUAGCCACCUUUUUCGCGAAACUAUUUGUUUUCCGGACGCGGUUACGAGUAUUACCGUACACCAGUAGGUAUCAUAUACGUAUAUGAGGAGUAGAAGUAGUAGUUCUCGUCGAUAAGACGGCACAUUGAUGUUUUCGACGUGAUUUACGAGAUAAUAUAUAUAUAUAUAUAUACGUAUAAGAACGAGAGGGGGCUGUGGUAAGAGGGGGGGGGUCGAGGGUGAAAAAAACCGAGAGAAAAACAAAUUGCCGUCGUCGGAUAUCGACCACGUGUCCCUGUGAACGCCACAAAUCGCGCGUUGUCUGUACACUUGUAUACUCACUAUACUAUAGUGUAUACGUAUACACGCGAACGUUUCGGAUGGAGUGAUUUGGUCACGUUUUUUUUUUUUUUUCUGUCCCCCUUCGUUUUUCUUCUCGUCUCCUCGUCCCCGAAAUACACAGGCUCGUCCGCGCCGUAUAACUUCCUGUAAGCCGAUAUCCCGGUGACCCAUCAACCCCGCAGUCCCGUCACCGCGGGAUUUGUGCGUAUAUGUUCAACCCCCCCCCCCCGAAGGAAUAUAUAUUAUACGUACGCGCGUGUCUUCGGGCUAAUAGCUGUGUGGCAGCGUAUAGUGUGUACCUAACUGACUUGUCGUCGUCGAUGUUUUAUCGUCGCGGGUUGUCGCCGACGAGAAAAACGAGACGAGCAACACGCGGACGCGGCUAAUAGCCGGUCGAUUAUACGUGUUAAAACAGCUGUUUACGACUCUUGCAGACCCGGUAUAAAUCACUCAGACUCCGCCGCGCAGACGAGAGAAACGGCUCCUUUCGUUAGUCCCGCGCGCCCGGUCCGUCACAAAUCAUAUAACCGCCGCGGAGACGUUCGUAAUAAUAACGUGUGUGGUAUACGCGUGUACGACUCGUACGCGUUAUACAAUAUAUUUUAUUACGACCUAAGUGAAAAGUGGGAGGGAGGAGGGGGUUUGGUCGGAAAGAGCGGACGAACCGAUCCGAAUACUCCGUUUUGUAUAUUAUUUAUACACGGAUAAUAUACGAAAAUAGUCCCGUUUAUUUUUUUGGCAUACCCUGUGGAUUUCGGUAUACAUGACUUUUUAAGUAGGUUCGCCCGUGGACACGACCGCACAACUCGAGAUCGUAUUAAAAUCGCGUCUAACAUUAUUAUAAAGUGCUCCCGUGAUUUGUGUGUGUGUGUAUGUGUGUACUAUGUUGUUUGACUCACAAGUCUCGAAAACCGGCAAACGUCAGCGGAUAUUUAAAUAGUCGCGGAAAUAUGAAUAGUAGUCUGCAGUGAUUUUGUGAUUUUUACUGGAAUUUCUAAAAUUUCAAUACGUAUGUACUAUUUUAUGUCGACCGGACAUUAAUGAGUUUUGAGGGGAAAAAUGUUUAUGCGUGAUCAAAAUCGACAUUGUUAUCAGAAAGAAGAAGAUAACUUUUGUUUUUGUUUUUGUUUUUUUUUUUUUUUUUAUAAUAUUACGUAAGUUAAAAUUAAUUUGCUUGUUAAUUAAUAUUUUAUUUAAUAAAUUAUUUUAAAAUUCAAAUUCGGGACGACUUUGUUUGGGUGUAACCCAGUGAAUUUUUUUUUAUUUGAUCGUGAUGAACUGAAUUUCGCACUUAGGUGUACUUUGAGAAAAUUCGAUUAUGUUUUUUUUUCAUACUGGUUUAUUGGAAAAAUUACGGGAAGAGUUGCUUGUAGAGCAAAUCUCUCAAAACUAAGGCAAUUCUCCACCCACACAUCAUAAUCAAUAUUUAACAAUUGUAUGGCCAUUAUUAACACAGGUACAAUAGUACACAUAGUUAAAAUAUUUUUGUUCUUUCGUCAUCUGAAUGCUAUUUACUUCAAGAACUUCAACAAAUUGUCAGUAUGAUCAUAAAAAAGAAAUUUUAUCUGAAUGUUAUUUACAAACCGAUUAUUGAUGUAUUAGUAAUCUUAUAAUUAGAUUAUUUGUAUACUAGUGUUCUUAUCUAUCUCUUACUCACGUAAUAAUAAGUUCCUUAUAUUAUUAUCCUUGUAAUAAUUUAAGUCCAUUGUUUUACGCAUGAAGUGUUUAAAAUGUAUGAUGUGGACUACCUACUGAAUUAAAAACGUAUCGGUAGACCGCAUAUCGAAGUAACACCACUUAUCCAAUAACGUACAAAUAAUUGUACUGCAUAAAUAUAAUGAUGUAUUUUAUAAAACAUUUUUUGUUCAGUCUCGUUGUUUUAGUUCAGCCUCCUCCACCAUUGAAAAUCCCAUGUACGCCACUGAUAGAUUAGGUUAGGAUAGAAUCGCGUUAUUUACCAUGUAAAUUAAUAGCGCUUUCGGCAUUUUGUCUCAAAUAAUUCCAUGUUGGUUAAGUUACCAAAAAUCGAACUCACGUUUGAGAAAGAGAACAAUUUUCUAAAAAUGUCGGUACACAUAACCAACUAUCGGCUGCCUGGGUGAUAAAAUACUGUAUAAUAUAAACCUAACAAACAAUAAUCGUUAUUGGUUAAAAAACAAAUUAAUACGAGGAAAUAAACAGUGUAUACGUUAUAAUAAUAUAAUAUUUAAUAGCAUGACGCGAUUUGUUUAGGUUUUAAAUAUAAUAUAGGUAUAAUAAAUAUCGAUAACAUUGAUAAUCCUCUUAACAUUAUUUAUUUAUUUAUUUUACGCCAGACAUCAGACGGCAAUUAUUGACAGAAUAUAGGUAUAUUUAUAAAAAUUUAAAAGAUAGCAAACUCGGUGUGAGUAAAUUAAAUAUAGGUCAUAUAAAUAAAUGAAAAAAAACAAAUUAUGUAAGUGAAAUGCAAUUAAUUGUUUGGUAAAUACAUUAUAAUGCGAUGCUAUCUGAGUAGGAUAGAAUCGAAACUCAAAUGGUCUGAAAAAAUGGGAAAAUUAGUUGUAACACUUUUUUUAUAGAAUUUUUGAAGGCGAAUCCAAUUAUAUAAUCAGAAACGUUUCAAAAUGCACAGCGGGUUUAAAUUUAACUGGAAAGUAGCGAUUUGUGUCGUAACAAACAAGUUCCGUUGAAUCAUGUAAGUUUUGAUACUGCACCUAACUACUAACUCUUGUCAAAAAUCACAUGAUUCAUAAUAUAUGAAAACUUACAUAUUUCAUUUCAACCACUAUCAAAACUUACAUGUUCUAAACUUCAAACAUAUAAAUAACCAUUAAAAUAUUAACUUUUGUUAGCAGUUUUGAAUUUCUUUUUCAUGUAGGAAAACGUUUUUCCAAUUUUUCGUUUUUUGAAAAAUGUGAGUAUUGAUUCUAGCAUACUCAAUAUAUAUUCUGUAGCGGUUUGAAAAUUCCACAUAGUUAAUUUUUUUUAAAUAUUGAACGAAACGAUAAACGUUUUUUACUUAUGGCCGUAUUUAUAAUUUUCGGGAGGAGUAUUGUAAUAUACUAUUUCGUGAUUAACUUCAUUAACACUGUCGUGCAAUAAUAACGCAGUUUUACGACCACGGUAUACAGAAAAUAUAAAAAUGCAUUUUAGAUAUAGUAGCGUUAUACUACGAUAACUGCGUUUUAUUAUGAACAAAAUAAAAAACGAAUAACAUCAUAUGUAUACGUAGGUAGGUAUGUAUAAUAAUAAAAUAAGUACGACACAGCGAGCAAAUGUUGUUGCAUAUGUAAAUAAACCCGGUGCUUGUAAAAUAUUACUCUUUUGAUAAACAUGUCAUCUUUUGACAACUUUUUUUUUUAAUAUUUAUAUGAAUGAUGUUUGAUGUCUACGAGAUUAGAGAAUAAUAUAAUAUAUUGUACGCGCAUUGAAGUGGGUCAAAAAAUUAUGAUAUACAAGAAGAAUAUCGUCGUCGUAGUGUUCGAUAACUAUAAUAAUAAUAAUAAUAAUAAUAAUAUAUAGUAGGUGUAUAAUAGUGUUUCACGCAUUAAUAAAUUAGGCGCUUCAUAUAAAGAAACGCAAACAAGCACUCGUAGGAAUAUUGGGAGUAUCCGAGUAUACAUUAUUAUCAGUCGCGUACAAUCGAUAACCGGCUGCAUCGUUUUCAAAACACAUAAUAAUAUACUUACAGUUCUGUUUGACUAUUCUGUCGUAUCAUAAUAUUAUAGUAAAUAAUUUGUUAUUGGGACGGCUAGAGUGUUACACAUACUAUACUCUGCUCACUUGCAGCCUACCUACAGUUUUUAUAGAGUUUAAAUAUUAUUAUGAUUCCAGUGUGGGCAGAGACGGGAGACUUUCGUGACAACAAUCACCACCAUCACGGCCUUUCCGCGGACCAUACGGCACAGCUUAAUUUUGGUUCAUCAAGAAGUAGAAACCGCGACAGAAAAGGUGGGUUUUAACCAUAUUUUAAAGGUACCUAAUAAUAUACUUGUAUACAAAUCUAGAGGAAUGCGCACAAUUUUAAAAAUAUCUAAAUUUUCAGUUAUAAUUAAUAUAAUGUAUGUAUUGAUAAUCGAACGUCGCGCGUAUUUUCCGCAGGACGAACGGACACGAUCGGCGUCACUGGUAUAAAAACCGAGGGCAUUGACCCGGGAGUCGGGGUGGUCGCCGAAGACGUUAAAGACGCCAAUAUCAAAAACAAUAAAAACACCAAAAGACAGAGGAGACAGCGGACGCAUUUCACGUCGCAGCAGCUCCAGGAACUGGAGGCCACGUUCACCAGGAACCGAUAUCCGGACAUGAGUACUAGAGAAGAAAUAGCCAUGUGGACGAAUCUCACCGAGGCCAGAGUCAGGGUGAGUAGAAAAUAAUAUUAAAAAAAAGAAAAAUACAUAUAUAUAUAUUAAUAAAUUUAACCGAAAUUGAAUGUUGAAAAGUCGACCGGGGGUUUUAUGAUUAUUUGUUUUCAUUUUAUUUUAACUUUCUCUUUAACAUCAACGUAAAUGAUUAUUUUUAUCAUCGUCAUCCGACUGCAGUUAUUGGAUUUGCACAGGGCUCAGUGCGUCAACGUUUUCGGAUCCCUAACAAUCCCGGGGAUUGUCCCUUUUGUGGUGGCAGAGGCCGAGGGAGGUAAACGCAGAAUAAAAUGAGUAACCGAUUGACAAAAAAAAAUAAAAAUAAAAUAAAAACCCGCGGACAAAGUCACCCGCGCUGACGGGGAGCGAGGGGGUCGCUACAGGGAUAAUCCUUUUCGGUUUAUAUUAAUACUGAUGUACACUAUGUGCGUUUAAAUCUGGCGUGUCCGAACGUUGUCAGUUUUUCGGUCGGCGUUUCCCCGGCCGUCGGUAUUUUAUCGUGUUUACCAUGUCCCGGCUGUGGGACGCGGAAUAAUGCGCGAGUUGUAAAAAUCAAACAUAAGAGCCAAACAUAUAAAAUAUAAUUGUAAUAAUUAAAUGUGUUUUACUAAAAAAAAAAACUUUAUGUAAACUCCUAAAAAUCACGAAAAAUGUAAAAAUAUUUUCUAGUUAAAGAAUAAUAUACUUUCAAUUUAAAUUUACCUAGAAUAAAUUAAAGUUGUAAAAGCCGAAUUUAAUUUCAAUAUGAACUUCUGCAAACAUAUCGUUGUAAGAAUUUUUUAGACUUUAUACACGCCCCGCCCGAAUAAUCAAGCUAAGGGAAUGAAAUUUUGACUUGCGUUACUGUCAAAGAUAUUUCUCUUGGGAGUUUCAAUCACAUUUGUAUAUUUAAAUUUUACAAUUUUUCUGUAAUUAGCAGAUUGUUAAGUAUAGUUACUAUUAUAAUAGUAAUCGAUCAAUUAUUUAUUUUACAACGAAUAUUUCUAUUAUAAAUAUUAAAGGAUUUUUAGGGGGAGAAGUGGUGAAAUUUUACUCUAGUGACGGUGCUCCGCUUUUGUUGUUGAUAUUUUAACAAUGCAAUAUUUUGAUUGUUACAUAACUGCAUAAAAACAAAAAUAUCCGUCUGUAGUUAAAUGUUGCGGAUUUUCAAUUUAUUUACAACCAUCAUAAUAAUACAAUUUACAUAAUAUUAUAGGUGCCUAUGUUGCAUACGGAAUAUUAUCAACCGGCUUGUCUAAAUCGCCAACAACAAUAAUAAUAAUAAUAACACUAAUAACGCGCAACUACUCGUGUUACGGUUUAUUGAUCCGUGAUCAGGAUUAUUAUAAAUUACAACCUCCAUAUUACACUACAAUGCCUAUUAACCGCCGUCGACGGCUCGAAAUUAAUCUCCGUAUAAAUAUUAAAAUCUGCAACACUCGAUGAUAACGGCGAUAUUAUAAUAUAUAUAUAUAUAUAUAUAUAUAUUGACGUUUUGUAUCACUAAUGCGGUGAGCACGUAUCCGUAUAAUAUUACAUUAUAUUUAAAUUAUACGCGAGUAUUUACCGCGGUAUCCGCGGUUUAUACCUGUUUUAAAUUGAUUACAGAGCGUAAUUACUGUUGAUAGGCGCGACAUUUGUAUAGAUGGAAAUUUUAACGGCAAUUCCGAUAAUACAUACAAUUUCACGGUAAAAGUAAUAAUUCCGUUUUAACGGUCUUUACUCGUCUUCGUUAGAAUUUUUUUUUUUAAUCCUGAGCGCGUAUUACUGUAUGGUUUUUAUUUAUUAUACUGUGUGUGUGUGUGUAUGUUUGUGUUCAUCCGUAAAUCAUUUUUCUACUGGAAAUCUUGCUUCGAAUUUUAAGUGUCUUUUUAUAAAAUAAUCGGGGGGGGGGGGAAAUGAAGGAAAAACGAGAGAAAAUUUAAACAACAACGGUUUUCGUUGUUACAGAUAUUGUUUUUUUGUUGUAAUUUCACUAAAAAUAUAACCAUAGAGUUUGUAAAUGUUUGCAGAAUACUUAUUUUUCUAGACGCUAAAUUAUUCUGUCGAUUUUCGAACUAUUUAUAGGCAUUUGACGCUUUUAAUUUUAAAUUUAAUGUUUUUUUUCGUCAUUCGUUUACAAAAAUCGUCCUCUAGCUGCCGCCAAACGCGAUUCGUCGUGAUUCGUCGAUUUAUAAUAUUUAUAAUAAUAUACGGAAAAUUAGGAAUUAAAAUACCCGUCGGCGCGCGCGCCGUGUGUAAAAUAAUGUUCUGCAGUGUGUAUUAUAAGCUCGCAUGUUUUCCCUUUGGCGGGGCGCGACGGUGGACCGGGAGGUGUGGGAGGCAAGGGGAAGGUUGACAAUCCGGAUUUUUCAUCCGCCAUUUUGUGUUUUCGGUUGAUAUACAUAUAAAUAUUACACAGCGAGCGGGUCGGACUUCAACAGAGAUUAUUGUUUUUAUACGACCCGUAUAUAUUUAUACGCGCAGAUAUACGUAAUAAUAUAAGCCCGAGCAGCAGAGGACAUAAAUAUGGCUUUUUAACACGUUUUAACGGAUACCCACCGCCGUCGAGUUUUGGGCGAUUAAAUAUUAUUUCAUUUUUCCCGAAAAACCGCGAACCGACGAAAGCUCUAUCUCUCGCUUUCCACCAUUAUGCAGAAACGAAUACUUUACACUGCUUGAAAAUUGUUAAAUGAUAUUAUUGUAUCUCCUAUCCCUUAGUUUCUGUAGAUUUAAGAGGCGAUCGUCACAUAUUUUGGACACUGAAUUCAAAUAUUUGCUUGUCAACGAGAACCAAAAUAAAAUAAUGGAUAAAAUAAUGUAGUAAAGGACAUUUAUUUUUCCUUUCCAUGACACUAAUAUUUUGUGUUUCAUCCGUUUAGAAUUGACAUUUUACCGUAGUAAUUUGAAAUAAAUUGUGAUUGAAGUAUUAUGAUUGUGGCGCAGAAUAGAUUAAUCUAUUGUAUGAUUUUAGGGAAUAUUAAUCACGUAAUCCCUAGAAACUCACGCACUGUAAUAAUUUGCUUGAUAAUGGGCAUUAUUGUGGCGGCCAUCCCGGAAAUCAAGCUUCUGUUGAGAUUAGUAUGCAUGUCCUAUCCAUUCCUUAAUCCUUUAUUGUUUAUGAUGAGAACAGUAUGCACCGAAUCUAACGUCUUGUAAAUCAUGGUACAAAGAAUUAUUUCAUGGAAAAAUAAACUAUGAUCGUAAACUAGCCAGUAGAUCGAUAAUAUCGUCGUGAUGUCGAAAAAUUGAAUACGACGGGAAAAUAACGUCACAGUGUGUUAUCGGUUAUCUUGUCUGAUACUGUCUGUUUGUUUAGCUAUGGAAUUAUAGUUGGUCGAUUUUUUAAUUCUUUCGAUUGGUCGCACGCAUCACAUCGUACAUUAUUAAUUCAUCCCGGGUCCGAUAUAGAUUAUAAUUGCAAGUAGGUACUCCAGAUAUAGGUGUAUAAUUGGUCGAUUAAUUUUUUUUUUGUAAAUCUCAGACACAUAAUAUAUUAUAAUCAUGCGGUUAUUGUCCAACGAUGAGUGUGUGCGAUAUAUGCAACGACCGGUUUAAUUAUAUCCUACGAUUUAUUAAACAAAUUUAGGUAUUAUUUUUUUUGGAGUAUUUUAAUUUCUUUUAUGGUGCCUAUAUUACAUAGGUGUAAUCAAUAUGAAGAAAUAUAAUAUAGACCAAUUGCUCAUGCCGGUUUUAUUAAUACGAGUAGGUAUAGAACUGUGCGCGGAUAUAUUUGUCACAUUAUGAUAAUGAUUUUUUAAGCUGAGAAAACUGCUGAUAGUUUUUAAGCAGCAAUAAAUAUGUGUAAGUAAUCAAUAAUGUAUCAUUUUAAAUUUUGAGCUCCUGAAAAUUUUACAAUGUUAUUAAAAUAGUUUCCGGCUGUUCUGUUAACUUCAAUAACUUAUAAAUUGUAUAGGCUUAAAUUUAAAAAAAAAAAAAAAUUAAUAACUUAACUCUGUUCUCGUCUUUGAUCAUUUGAUUGGUUUUCUGCAUGUUUGCCACACUACUCAUUCGUAACCUAAUUCCUUUAACUCCUUAGAUAUUCUUAAUCAUUAUUUCAAUCGUGAUUUAUUUCACGUAAUCCGUGCUUGGUCUUACUCUUUCGAUAUAUGACCUUCUAUUUAUUUCUUUCAAAUAAAAUAGAUAUAAUAACUAUAUUAUAUCUAUUUUAGUACAAGUCAAAUAUAAUAUUCUAUGUAGUACCUAUAUUAUAAUCUAUAAGUGUCUUAUUUUGGAUUAUUUAGGUACUUAAUAUAAAGUUAUACAGUCCUAAUAAAUAACAAUAUAAAAAAUUACGUAUAUUAAUAAACCAAAAUAAUAUUAUAUUAAUUGAAAACACAUGAAAACUCGAUAAAUUGAUUAACAACAAUGUUAUAAUAUAUUUAAAUAUAAUGUAUAUGGUACCUAAAAUACUUGUUUUUGAAAAAUAUUAUAUAUUUCUUUUAUUUUAUUUUUUAAAUACGGAACAAAAAAAACACAAAACCAUUUAACCGCACAUGUGUAUAACCCUUUUGUGUGUGUAACAAACACAAAUAUUGGACAUUUUUUGACCGCGUUCUAGAAAAAAAAAAAAACCCACUCAAUAAAUACUCUAAUCAGUCGGUCGUUUUUAACAAAAGAGUCAACACGCCGACGGCUUGUAGUCGUUUUGUUGUUAUCUGUUAAAUAAGAGGGCAGAUACGAUGACAAAUAGUGAAAAAAAAAAACGUGUUCUAGUGUCGUGUUUUACAACUUGGUAAAUACUAACGCGGGUACCACUUGUUAUUUUCUAUAUCUACAAACACACACCAGUUUCAUGUAGGUACUUAUCUUAUUUAUACUGGUACUUGAUAAAGCUAUAAAAUUGUUUGUGAAUUUAAUCAUAAAAAAUGUAUAUUAUAAUAUUAGGCAAUAUUUUUUUUUUAAUAUACGUGAUUCUGUAUGUAUGUAUAAUGUAUAAAUAUUAUAUAUAAUUUCUUUUAUUAUAAUGAUUCAUUGUAUUUUAGUCUACGAAACAUAAAAAAAAAAAAAAAAUAAGCAAGGGAAGAAAAUUUCCGAGUGGUUUAGUAAAAUAAAAAAAAAAUGAAUAAAAUAACGUUUGCGAGAAAAGAAAAGAUUUAUGUGAUGGUAUAAGAACGCGGGCCACCUUCACUUGACGUGAUUUAUAACCCAAAACGCCAUUUUGUUCACGUUCCGAAAAGCAAAACCGUUCAUUUCAGAUGGAAAUUAAAAAUGUAUAAAUAAAAGAGAACCUUAGAUUCGUAAAUGCCACACGCGAGUAUUUUCGCAAAUAACACUAUAAAUAGGUUCUCGUCAGUAUAAGAACAUCUAAAACAAGAUGAAUAUGAUGUUAAAACGUUUUGAAUUUAUUUGUCGAUACUUUUUUUUUAAUCUAAAAUAUUUUUGAUAGGUACUAAAAUGAAAAAAAUAAUCCGUGACUAAUGUAUUUUUUUUUUUUUAUAUUUUGCGUGUUAUAAAAUAUUAUAUACUGCAUUAUUACUUACCCCACUACACAAGAGUCGUUUUCGUCAAUAGCUCUUAAAAUUUCAAAUAGUAUUGUAUUAUUUUUCCACACAUUGCAAGAUAAACGACUACGUUUCCCCAAUUCAAUUGGUUAGCCCAAGAAAUAAAUAAAAUGGGGAGGGGGAAGAAAUAGGAGUAUUCGUUUUUAAUAAUUAAUGCUUAGAAUUUGAAUUAAUAUGUAUAAUUAAUUUUAUAUAGUUUUCAAAUACGAGCAAAUUACAUUUUUAAAAAUUGCUAAAAUACCUAACCUAAGUACACGCAGCGUUCUUAGUGGCUUAAAUCGUAUUAUAAUUAUAUAUUAUAAGUGUAAAAUUAUGGGUUAGAAUAUGCAUACACUUAUACUAUCUAGACCAAAAAAUAAUAAAACAAAAAGUUAAUUUUUUUUGCUAAAAAAAAAUUUAUUUCAAAAAUAAAUAUCUGUGAGUAAUAAAAAAAAAAUCAGAAUUUGAUUAUCUUUAUUAUCUUCUGAGAUAUUCAAGCGGUAAAUCUUCGUGGGACAGCCUGUAUAUUGUAUUUUCUUGUAGGAAAUGCUAAAAAAUUCAGUCGAAUAACUAUGGGUUUAAAUUCAGUUUUUGGUAGAUGAUAAGGCGUACUGAAAUACUGUUUUUUUGAAGAUGAAUUUUCUAAAUCUUCUGGUGCGCAAGUGUACAAUACAAGUGACCAUUUUUGUAUAAAAACACCUUAUUUUUACACUAAUUUUGGACGGUCAUACUUUUUUAUUCAAGCGACUUUUCAUUCGUAGCAUGUAGGUUAGAAAAUAACAUUUGUUUUCAGUUUUCCAAAAAUCCAAAACGCGCGUCACUUUAAAACUGCCAAAGAAAUUUGUUUAUUGUUUUACGCGAAAACAAAAUUAUUAGUGAAAAUAUAAUCACAUGAAAAUAAGAUAUAAGUACUACAGAAUACUAAUGUAUAUUUUAAAUUCGUUAAAAAAAAUAUAUUUUAGAUUCUGAGCAGCGCGAGGAAUGUAUUGGUUUUACAAUGAUGUAUUUUUUUUAUUUUUGGACAUCUUUUCUACCAGCAAUUUUGCUCCGAUUCACAAUGAAAGCACUUUUUCUGAUAAAAAAAAUCUGACUGAGGUAGUACUUUAAGGAGGUCAUUUUUUGAUUUUUCCAGGAAUUUUCCCAAUAAAUCGAGAAAACCAGGAAAAAAAGUACAAUAUUAAACAAAUAAUACUAAAGAAAAUAUAUGAUGCGUAUAUAAUUAUUUUACUAUACUAUGACAUACAUAUUGUUAACAAAGCAACACUAUCAACUGAACUCAGCUCAGAAUCGUUUUUUCGUCAGCGAUGGUUAAUCGUUGCUUACAGAUAUAAAUUGAAUUCCCAUCUGUAUCCUACCUUUCCAGCUUCCCACAUACAACUGUAGCUACACCCACGUCCGAAGUAUGUCUGUCUUUUUUCUUUAAUCGGCUUUUUAUUGUCGUGUAUUAUAGUAUAGUGUAUACCGUGUUGUAAUUAUUGAGAUAAAAUAUAUUUUAUCGAUCAAAGUUGCUCCUGUAUAAACUCUCAAAACUGAAACGCGUAAUUCGAAAGACCCCUUUGACCUUUAUACAUAAUAUAAUAUGCGCCGUCGGAAUAACAUAUUAUUACUAUUACGAAUUUAUUCCUUUGACGCGGUAUAGAGUUACGCGGCGACGAUUAUAAACCGAAUCAGCUCCGAGUUUAUCAAUUUGAAAUCGAAUCGGGAGAUAAAAAAAAGAAACCCAAAAACAAAAACCAAUAUUUGUCUGGUCAUAAUAAUUUCACACUCCGGGGAAUAAACGGACGGAAACAAAAACCAAUAACAUACCCCUGUCCCCACCCCCAUCCGACGCCGCCCUCGAUAAACUACCCGACACCCCUGAUACAUACGCCGGCGGGCGGCAAAUUUUUUUUUUCUUUUCGCUUCCGUGAGAUACUCGAGAUGCGACGUAAUAAGGGCCGCGGAGUGGACACAAAAGGGGAAAUCGUCUGUUAUGUGCGCGCCGUAAUCAAAGCACACACACAGGAUUACCGCACGGUCGGAGGCGGCGGGAGCUCAUCUCGGAUUAGAAUAGCUGCGAAGGUCGCGUGGCCUGGGGUUCCGCCUGCAAAACGAGCUAACUUCGGUUUUGACGAAUGACUUCGCUUAUGGUCGCGGACAAGUUCAAUUAAGUCGGAUUCGGUGUUUUCACUCUCUCACUCUCUCUCUCUCUCUCACUCUCUCUCUCACUCUCUCUCUCUCUCUCCUUGUAUAUAUAUACAUAUAGAUAUACACACAUUUCCUCGGCGGGAAGCCGCUUUUAUUGGUAUUCACCGAACGCCGCCACGGCCGCCCCCUAAAUUGACCCCCCACACCGACAGGGAUCAUACGCUUAAGAAACACAAUAAAACGCGGGGACAAACCCCCUUUAUCGGUGUACGACCGGCGCGCGUAUAUUUUAUACGGCUGCUGCAGUAACCGUUGUUUUAUUGCACGCAGAAAUCCCAUUUGAUAUAAUAUAUCGAUUUCGGCACCCCACGAUUACUAUAAAAUUAUACUAUUAAACACGGAUUCCCGUUCGAUUAUAUAUAGUUGGUAUCGAAACAAUAUUAAAUCUUUGUAACGAACACGAAAAAAAAAACAAAACUAAAAAACAAAGACAAAAAAAAGCAUUUAAAACCUUUUUAUGGACUUGUAGUACUUACACGAUUUCACACACAAGCUUUUAAAUGCGCGUGAUAAAUUUUGCGUAUCGCUAUUGUUCUUAGUGCAAUCGUGAUAAAAAAAAAAAUUCUUAGUAAACUCACUUGACUGGUUUAACUAAUUAAAGUAGUUUUUUCCUGUGUAACUUAAGGAAUUUAGAUAUCAAAAAAAAAAAAAGGAGCAAUACUACUAGUGGGUGUAUCACUGAAGUUGGGUUAAAAACAGAACGUGUAGUGGAGUUCAAUUUAUAUCAGUAUACGAAACGAUAAACCAUUGUUACCCAAAAACGAUUCCAAGCGAACACCUUUUGAAAUGUGCCGUAAUUUUUACGAUUUUCAUAAAAAUUCGAACUAUUAUAACGCUUAGAAAAAAUCUCACAUCUUCGCUAAACAUCUACUCGGAAUCUAAAUAUAAUAAUAACGAUGGCAUACUCUUAUUUUUCGUCUGGUACACGGCCAAUUUAUAGGUCCGUUCCAACAAACACAAUCCUCGCUCCACUGCUCACUGUUCAUUGCAGCCGUUCUCCGAUCAGCUCCAGGUUCUAGGUUUUCAUAGUCUUUUUUUUCACUUUAUCCUACCACCUCAAUCUCGGUCGCCCUUUCGGGUUUUCCUAAGCAUUUUCGGGACAAGCUUUGCAGUCGCUCGGCGUGUUUGCGGUUUUUUAGUUGCAACUUUUCGGAGCGAGUCACGUGGAAUGAUGCAUUUUUCUGUCAACUAAAAUUCUGUCGAGGACAAAUCCACUCAAACUCCAUUAAAAAUAAAGUUCUUAUUUUGAAUUCAUGUGGAACCCGUGGACCCCUCCCCGUCCUCCGGCUACGUGUCCGGCUCAGCCGGCGUGCGAUUCAAACAGUCCCGGCGCUCUUUUCGAUCGCACCUCGUGCGAAUAACAUUCGCAGAGAAGACUAUGGACGUCGAAUCGUAUUACGUUGUUACUGUCGUUUCGCGGUGUACGCGCGCUACAUUGUUGCUCGUGUAUCCCGUAACCGCGCCGACCGAUUUCUCAUUACGCCGGAUUACGCGAGUCGGUAUAUAAUAUCGCAGUAACGGCGCGACCGCGCCAGGGUUCCGCGGCGACCAACGGUUAUAAAAUAUCAGACGGGUAUUAUUUUACCGCGUACGAUAACAGUGGCGUGUCGCCGUCGUUAUCGCACCGUUCGCGUACCCCCGCGCGGCGUGUUAAUUUAACCGGAUUUAACGCGUAUUAACGCGCCCGCGGAAUGAAAUGGUCGCAAUGUACACGUAUUAUGGUACGCGCGAAAAUAAUAUUUUAAUAUUUUAUUAUAAUGCGUUGUGUACGAAUAACGGUGUGCGGUAUAAUGCGCGCGUGUGCGGCGUGAACGCCGGCACGUGGCGUCGCAGGACGGCAAUAGCGGCGGCUUGUAUAAUAUAUUAUUAUUAUUGUACAUAUGUAUAGGAAAUAAAAUAUCGGAAAAACGGUUUCGGGGGCCGUGGAUAGCGGCAGGGAGAGGUGUGCGGCGGCGGUCGGUUUUAAAAUCUCGUCAGGUCAUAAAUUGAUUCUUUCGCCGCUGCGGCCGGGCGGAGAGGGACCGGCGGCGGCGGCGGCAGCGAACACCCCCUCGCAUAUGCGCGGAACGCCGCGAGAUACGUGUGCACACACACGCGUGCGCGCGCGCACACACACGUAUACGUAUACCUACGUAUAAAUUACGCGCGCGCGUAUGAACGCACAUGCGUAUAUAAAUUACGCGCGCGUAAGCCAGUGCCGCCGCGCGCUGAUCGAUUAACAACGGCUCGUGUAAUCCGGCGGCGCGAGGAGAGGGAGGAGGGGGUGUUUUUCUACCGGGGCGCGCUGCAGUAUACGGGCGCCGCGCCCGCCGCCGAAACGGCCCGCACUGUAUGCUGUUAUUGUUGUUAUUGUUAUUGUCCGCAGUUUGUUAUAUUGUGAAAAAAAAAAAAGGCGGCGCGAUUUCAUUCGGGUCGUAACGCCGGCGGUCGCCUUGGCGUAUUAAUUAUUACCAGGGCUCACGAGCCCCGUUUAAAUCCCUAAAAAUGCCGCGGAACGUUACUCCGGAAAUUCACUGCCGUUUAGCCCUGUCUCCGUGACACAUCAAGCGUCGUUGAUAUAUCGAAUAUAAAUACGACAGGCCGCGAAAAUUGAAAAAAAUAAAAAAAUACGUAAAUCUGGAUGAAAAUGGCGCGAAACAGAAUACAAAAAGUACUCAGACGAAUUUAAAAUUUAAAAAAAUGCGAAAUGAAAAUUUCACAAAUAUAAUUUUGCAUUGCUGUACAAGAUUCAAACUACGUUACGCUAACUAAGUUUUACAAUAAGCUAAAAAAAAAAAAAAUGCAGUCAUCUACAAAUUCUCCGCCCUAGUAUAACAAUUGCGUCACUUGGAAUAUUCAAACUGUGACUGCACAUGUUAUUUGUAGAGCAGAAUAAUAAUUGGCGAGGACUCCGAGUCGAUUUUUUCUUUGUUUCUGGAAAAAGUCGUCGAACGAAACGAGUCACCUGCACGUCCCGCGAACCGUGCGCGGUAUAAUAAAUACGCACGUUUUCGGAUUUCCGCGGUUACAAGGAAAACGGUUUUUCGCAAUUUCAUAUUGUAUUAGGCACGCGCUACAGUGCAUUAUGUAUUAUGUAUUGCACGGGCGCGCAUCGUCGUCAUCAUUUUGCGGGUUUUACGCGUAUGCUCUCUCGCGGAAUGUAGGGGAAGGGGACGACGACGGCGCGGCGGAGAGAUAGAGAGUUAGAGAGGGGUAAUAAAGAUUAACGAGCUUUCUGAUUGAUGCUGACAACGCCCGGUGCGCCCGUCGGGAGCUCGUUAUUUACCGUCGCCGCCGCUGCGUGGCCGCCGCUCUGCGGUUCGCGUCCUGCACCGGUGCAGUGGCGGUGGCGGCGGUAUUCGCGUUAUGGCCGGCCCAUCACGCUCAAGAUUAAUGACGCGCCGCCGUCGGCGUGGUGCGACCGGCGGGGGGGGGAUGGCGGAAGAACCGCGACCGGCUCCCGCGUCGGCCCCGGGAACGUUUAAAGAUUUCCAAAGGCCGCGGCCCGCGGAUACAAUAGCGGCGCGCCGUACACGGGACUCCCGGACGCUUCCGAUACCGCCGCCGCCGCCGUCCGGAGCGGUAUUAUUAUAUUUCCGCCCUCGCGCCUCGAAUUAUACACGCCGCCGCGACAUUUUUUUUUUUUCUUUUCUUCUUUCCGUUUUCGCUCCGCCCCUUUCCCCCUACCUACCCCUACCACCUGACCGAACGCGUGUAUAUCACCUCGUUUAUAUUAUUGCCGUGCGAAAAGCUCCGUAAAAUAUAAUAUAAUGCACACGUCCGCGAGACCGCGUGUGUAUAAUAUAUUAUCUUUAUAACAUUAUUAUUGUGCGUGCACGACGACCGUACGCUAAGCGAAAUCUAAUAUUUUAAUGUCCCCGCGCGACGCUUAGAGUACGACGAGCGUCGGACGUCAUGCGGGACGACUAAACGGCCGCGGCGAUAAAAUAAUAACCGAUUCGUCCGGAUAGCCGUGCGCGUGUUACGGUUUAAAAAUGAUACGGACAUGCUUCGCGCGGAUGGUCGGGCCACUGUUGUAGGCGAGAAGUCGGGAAGGUGCGAUAUAAAUGGGAAUUCAAUGUGCGCAACGAUUAAUUUUUGCUAGCGAAAAACGAUUCUGAGUCCGGUUAUACAUGUUUUGAGGCUGUAUAAUAUUUACGAUUUUAAAACAAUACAUUUCGCGAAUUUUCCCGUUUUCCCUACGCUUUUCCCCCAUUUAUUGGGAAAAAUCAAAAGAUGACCUUCCUUAAGUACCACUCCAGUUAAAUUUCCUUUCAGAAAAGUUGUUACACUUGGAAAUCGGAGCGAAAUUACGAGUAAAAAAGUUGUUCAGAGAAAAAAAAAAUAAACAUCAUUGUAAAACCAAUCAUUCCUCGCUCCGUUCAGAGUCUAAAACGAUCAUUGUAAUCACUGACCCGGAGUUGUGUACAAUGACCAAUAAUGUCGAGUACGAAGAAUAUUUAAUAUCCUUGGUUUCUUAUUAUAGACUUAUUGUUAUUUACGUCUCCUUGUGUGGCAUUUUUAGACUCGAGUUGGGCGGUCAUAACUUUUGGCCUCCUAGAUUGGAAAACGGCCUAGCUAUACUUCUCUGAGUGAUAACCGUGAAUGUCGGGCAUAAUUUGUAAUUUUCGUCUUCCACUAUAAACAAAUUUUAAUAAUAUUGCGCAUUAGCGAACAUUACAAAACAGAAUCGUUCGACCCGGGGCCCCGUAUAUAUUGGUUAGUUUCGUCCAUAGCUAUACGCGUUACGUUAUAUGACUUUAAUCGGUACAAAAACCGGAAUACCCGUGGAAAACGAAAGAUAGAACCUACGAUAAUUUAUAAUAAUAUUUACGAAAACCGCGUUAAAACGAUGAUAUCGUGUCAUGAUACAGGUAUGGUUCAAAAACCGGAGGGCCAAGUGGCGGAAACGCGAGAGGAACGCCAUGAACGCCGCCGCUGCGGCCGCCGUGGACUUCAAAAACGGAUUCGGAACGCAAUUCAACGGACUCAUGCAGCCGUUCACCGACACCGACUCUCUAUACAGUACCGCGUACACGUCGUACAACAAUUGGGCGACCAAGGUAAGAGAUUUCGACUUGCCAUCAGGUGUGAAAAAUAACACGUGACAUAAUUAUACGUUAUUUUAUAACGUUUUUUUUUUUUGAUGUGGUUUUAUACGACGGUCCUCGGUCCUCUUACCGGCCAUCGGUAAAUUUUUUUUUAAACCUCGAAUCUUUAGAAACAAGACGAACAAAGCUCACAGACAUCUGUUUCAUUUUCAAAUUACUUAAUGCAAACAUUUAUUGGUCGACUCUUAGUGGCUGUUGAUCUUUUUCUGUGUGUUAAUCUUUUUAACAUAUAUUUCAACGGUUCACUUUCUUCGGCUAUCUGAACCGUAAUUGCUUAAUAAUUGCAUGCUAAACUAAUUCCCGUUAUAAUCGUCCGGACCACCGUCCGUCUGAAUAAAUAAAUAAAUAAAUACAGAAAUAUGACGUUGUCGCGUUAUAAUAACUAUAAUGAUGGACACUACCGAGCAGUCACUGUCGAGCUGUCCGAUAGCUGUUGACCGCUGAACUAUGGUCAAUUUCAACUAUGCGAUAGUCGAAUGGUUAUCGAUAGUCUUAUCAGCGACUCGCGCACCUAUCGCACUCUUAUUAUUUGCGCUGGUUGAUUCGUACCAUUCGGUCGUGGAAAAACUAUUCCCCAUUGUCAAUAUCAUAGACACGUAAAUGAACAGACCGGGAAUCACGGGCACACUCACGGGGGAGGGGGAUCGUGGGGUUUUUGUUUUUCGACACAAAAACCGUAUUUUUCGAUGGUCAGUAGUAUUAUGCGCCCUUUAACAAAACGCCAUCGAAAUGAUUAACCUCUGCCACGAUGCUGAUCGAAAUGCUUUUUUUUUUUUUUCUGCGCGCAGGUGCCGAGCCCGUUGGGAUCGAAGACUUUCCCGUGGUCGGUGAACCCGUUGGGAACGGUUAACCACCAUCAUCACCAGGCGCCGGUGAAUUGUUUCAACGCGGCCACUUCGGCGGCCGGAUCGAUGUUGCCGACGCCCGCGCCGCAAAACGGACCGCCGUACUGCCCGCCCACGACGCCGUACUCGGUGUACCAUCACCGGCCUGCCGAGCCGUGCAACGUCAUGUCCAGCAGCAUCGCCAGUCUCCGGCUCAAAGCCAAGCAGCACGCGUCCGGGUUCGGCGGGUACCAGCCGGUCGGCUCGCCGGGCUCGUUGCAGCAGGCGCAGGCCAACGGCGGCAACCGGUCGUCGUCGUCGUCGUCGUGUCAGCAGCAACAGUACGGCGGCGGCGGUGGAGGCGGUGGCGGCAAUGGCGGCGGCGGUGUCGGCGGACAGGGUACCGGCGGCGGCGGCGGCGGAAAUUCCGGUAGCGAAGGCACGCGGACGCCCGUCUGACGUGAAGAGCGCACCGGAGGAAGCGUCCGGUACACCGUUGAAGACCUAUUGGACUUCAAAGAGGAAAUGGACGACGGCGACGGUGCGGGCGGAGGCGGAGCCGGCGACGAAGACGACGAAGACGUUGAUGACGACGAAGAGGUGGACGACGACGACGACGACGAUGACGUCCAUCGCCGAGUUGACGGCAACCAUCAUCACCACCAUCACCAUCACCCGCAGCAGCAGCAGCAGCAGCACCAUCACCAGCAACAUCAGCAUCAGCAGCAGCAGCAGCAGCAGCAGCAGGUGAACGGCGGCGGCGGUCGGCUCGUGGUCAAGCAGCACGCCGAAUUGGCGCAAAUGCACGCCGCCGCCGCGAUGCUCUAAGCUCGCCGUCGUUUGUAUGUAUAUAUAUAUAUAUAUAUAUAUAACAUGUAUGUAGUAUAAUAAUGUAUUAA